GGCGUGAGGAGGCUGCGCGCGCGCCCGACCAUCACCACCACCACCACCACGUCGACACUUUUAACUUCGCCCAUGCGUGGCUUUACAUGCACACCAUUUCCACUCUUGUUUCUGAUGAGAAUGAGUCUAAUCCUCUCCGAUGAUGGUAGGAUAAAGGGCGCGCCAUGUUUCUUUAUUAGCGCUCUUUAUUUCACGGUUUUAUCCGUGCAUUCACAAUCGCACGCGCCAACUCUGUGGACAUAUUGAUAACAACACGACACGACACCCUGGAGGAGCUUUCGGGUAUAUCGACGAGAUUUAUUCAAGUGUAGUCAUUUUUUUUCUUUACUCUUCCUGCUCUUUCUCUCUGGCUGGCAUUUGACUCCCCUACAUCUCUUCCUUUGCCCUUUAGGAUUGCCUAGAGCACUGGCUUGGAUCAGUUUUCCUGCUUCUGCUGGCCUCCUUGUUGUUCCUCAUCCUCUUCAUUCUUCUCCUCUUCCCAACCCCAGAAUCCUCCACCAGUCACAAUGACCACCACCUACUCUAUACGAUCCAUGCAAGAGAAGUUCCACCCUCUCCCGUAGUAAUGCCCGCUCUGGCCCAGUGCCAGUCUCCACCCACUGCCCUACCCACCGCUCCUCCUCUUGCCAUCCCACCCCUUGCCAUUGCCAUUGUUGCCAUCUGCCGGCUCCUGCACCAUGAAGGAUGAGGUCAUCAGCACCAACGCACUGGCCUGGCUGGUCUGCUCCGGGGUGUCUAUCCUGGCUAAUGCCUGGGGCAUCCUAAGCGUGAGCGCCAAGCAGAAGAAGUGGAAGCCUCUGGAGUUCCUGAUCUGCACACUGGCUGGUACGCACAUCCUCAACAUGGGCAUCCCUAUCACCAUGUACUGCGUCAUCCAGCUGCGCCGCCAGCACUCCAAUUACGAGUGGAACGAAGGCCUCUGCAAGGUCUUUGUCUCCACCUUCUACACUCUUACUCUGGUCACCUGCUUCUCCGUCACAUCGCUUUCCUACCACCGCAUGUGGAUGGUGCGGUGGCCGGUCAAUUACAGGCUGAGCAACACGAAGAAGCAGGCUGUGCAUACAGUGAUGGGUAUCUGGAUGGUUUCUUUCAUCCUGUCCACACUGCCUGCUGUGGGCUGGCACGAUACCAGCGAGCGCUUCUACGCCCACGAUUGUCGCUUUAUAGUGACUGAAAUUGGCCUAGGCUUCGGCGUCUGCUUCCUGCUCCUGAUCAGCGGCAGUGUAACAAUGGGAGUCAUUUGCAUCGGCAUUGCUCUCUUCCAGACGUUCUCCAUGCAAACAGGCCAGAGUGCUGACAAGAACAAGUUCAACGUGCCCACUAUUGUGGUAGAAGAUGCGCAGGGAAAGCGCCGCUCAUCCAUCGAUGGCUCCGAACCAAUCAAGACCUCGCUGCAAAUCACGUACCUGAUCAGCGGUAUUGUGUUCAUCUAUGACUUCCUUACUGGCUUUCCCAUUCUGGUGGUGAGCUUUGCCAGUCUGAAGUAUGACCGUUCCUACAGCUGGAUGGUACUGUGUGUGCUGUGGUGCUCCAUAGCCCAGUCCAUCCUCCUCCCCAUGUUCCUGUGGGCCUGUGACCGCUACCGUGCCGAUGUCAAGGUGGUCUGGGAGAAAUGUGUGGCCAUUAUGUCCAACGACGAAGUGGACGAAGAAAACAGCCAGGAUGGAGGCAUUCAUCCGGACUUAAUAUAUGACAGACCUUAUGACUAUAGCUCCGCUGCUGAUAUCAUGACGGUAGACCGUAUUGCCAAGUACGAAUUCUCGACCUUAGAAAGGGGUGUCCCCCAGUGUUAUCCAUUGAGGGAGCCUCAGGAAGAUAAAAUGCACUAUUUGCAGGUGCCCCCUACAAGAAGAUACUCCCACGACGAAACCGACAUGUGGACCACAGGGCAGAUUCCUUCCUACCUGCACCGCUGGGGCUCCACCGAGGACAUGAUGGGUGUGCCACGUUACACCUCGAACCGCCACGAGAGGCGGCGCAGCAGUCUGGUAUCGUGUCACGAGGAGAGCAGCCGCCAUCAACGCGCACGUAGGAGCUCCGAUGGGACACGCUCUCUCCCGCGACCCCAGCGCUCCGAGGACAAUUUGGGGUGCUUCAGCCGUGAUGAGGUGAUCAACUUCAUCGACGAAACACCUCUGGCCAGCCCGAUCAGGAGCCCCCGCCGUGCGUCAGCUCUCUCAUUAGUAGCCGGCACUCAAGAGCGCCAGAUUAUCCUGCUACCACAUUUCCCGCUCACACAUUUCGAGCGGGAGCCUCAGGCACUGCGACGCGCCUCUGAACACAAGGGCUCACGCACUGAACUGCAUCAGGGCUCACCACGAAAGGACAGUAACAGCAGGGGGAGAGCAGAAGAAGUUGGUUUGAGCGAAUGUGGAUCUGAUAAAGGGUGUCGUGAGCAGCGGCGGGAUGGAAAACGUGCGUCUGAACUGAUUUUAACAGGCCAGAGCGUGUGGACAACAGCACACUCGUCACUCAGGGGGAAAUCGGGACAAGGGGAAGCACAUGUGACUAAGAGUGAAAUCCAAGGGAGCAUGAACAGUUUUAGAAACUCACAAUCGCCCUCGUCGAGAUAUACUGUAUUUCACUCCAGUUCCAUCGGAUCGUCAACCUAAGAUCCUGGAGCUUUUAUUAUUAUAAUACGUCGUACACACAUCUCUUAUUAUUGAUAUGAGUAUUCUUGUUAUACAUAUUCAAGUGGAAUGUUUUUGUAAUAUGGGCGCUUUGUGAUCGAGUCUUGAGAAGUGGUCUAAGGCAGAAAUACGUACAUUAUUUUAUAGCUAUUUUUAAAUGUUGCAAAUAUACAAAACAUGAUAAUCUCGUAUUGCAUUCUUUGGAGUUAAUAUUUCAACUUAAAAGAGAAUAAUGAGAGUAGAAAGGGCCUUUUUUCAGCUGGUGUUUACAAUAGCCACAACUAGCCAUUCAAACUUUUUACUGCAUUCCUAUUCCACUCUUUUCACUGUUUCUGUUGUUUAUCGUUGUGUGGUAUGUUAUUAUAUGAUUAUUUUAUAAAAGUAUUCUAUAAAUGUACAGUAGAUAUUAUAUGAUUUUCACCAAAAAAAAACAAACAAAAAAACAAAACAAUGCUUGUUUUAUGUAAUCAUUUUCAUUUUCAGCAUUUUUCUUUGCGCAAACGUUUUCAAAUGAUUUGUUUAGAGAAGAAGAUCAAGGUUCAGAUUAAAUACAUGUCAGCAACCACCAAAUCAAAGUUUAGGCUUUAUUAUAAUGAAUUGCAUAUAAAGUUUCAACAUGCCCUAUUUUCACUGCUCAGAUUUGUUUUAAAGUAAUGGAUGCCCUUGAGAUAUUUUGAGGAGAAUUGGUAGAACAUUUGGUGGAGUAAAAUCAGUUUCUUAAUCAGAGAAGGCUGUUGUUUCCAUCAAAGUUCCAAAAUUGAUCUUAAACGAGCUCUUAACCACAAUUCAGUUUUACAAAUUGGGGUUGUUGUUUUUUUUUGAGAAUGAAAAUAUGCAUUUGCCUAUGUACAGUAAAUGCCACAGAUGGUUAUUUAUCCAUUAAAUCACCACAAUUCUCUUUGAAUGCAACUCUGCUGCAGUCCUGCAUUACACUCUGCCAGUGUUAGUACCCUCCACUCUUCUCUGCUUUUCUAUGCUCUUAUUCAUCUGGUGGUGCCAUAUAGGCCAUUAUAUUGCCUAUAAUAUACAGCUUACUCCAUAACAAAAAGUUUUACAUGAUUAAAACAGUUGUAAAUGUGCCAGGAACUGGAUUCAUGGGCAUGCUGAGAUGAAUAGUGAAGCAGGGGAAAAAGGAACCCAAAAUAUCAUAGUUUAGUUGAUUCUUGUGAUUGCAAAAUAAAAAGGUCUUUUAAAAAAUUAACUGUGAAACACCAUUUCCAUAUCAGGCUGCUUGGAAGCACUUCAUGAGCGUAUUCAAUCAAAUCCAGUGCCUGAGUUCCAACAAACAUCAUUUGAAUUACAUUUAGCGUUGUGUGUUGUACUCAGCUUUUUGGCAUGUUUUGGUGACAAUCAGGGAAAAGUAUUUCUGAGAGUGUUGGAAAGAGGGAUCGUUGUUUUACUUCCACCAGGCAGUAGAACUCAUAUUUUUAAUACACAAAAGAAAGCAUGUGGAUAUCACAGCAAUCCAAUGGUGACUAUGUGUUUAUCCAUGUAUUUCAAGACUGCACUGUUAUUAUCCCCAAGGAGACCAUGGGACUUGUGUGCAGUAAAUAAUAGUCUGCUAUUCAGAGCGCUUGACUGAACACACUAUAAUGCUAAUCAAAGGUUUUAUACUCUGUCCUCCAAUAUUAAGGUCUGUAGCUUUUCCAUCUGGUCAACAAAGUUAAACAACAGCCUUGAAAGUGCAUAGAAGUCUUUGUAAACUCCUAAACACAAGUGCGCAUGGUGUAGGUUUUACACAAUAUUUUUGGAAUAUUAAUACGCUAUCAAAUUGAAUAUUACUGUAAGAAUGUUCUGUUAAUUUAAUUCGCAAAACUUUUCUUAAUUGAACACUUCAUUGUUUUUAGGCAAAUGUGUCAAAGAACAUCUGGGGGGAAAAAACAAAUACCACUCAUAGUCUGAACCACUGAUGUAAUGGGUAUUUUUCUUUAAUGCAGAAUUAAAUGUUUUCAUUUAUUCCUGGCAUCUUUCACUUAUUAAUGCAAAAUCUCAUACCUUUUCUUCUUAGAUAUAGUCCAUAUACUGUGUCUUUUACAGCUACAUGGUGUUUGCUCUGCCUUUUGUGAAGGUUGAGUGGCUUACCAAUUAAAAGCGUUCUUUUUUUACUAGG